AAAAAACAAAGAAGCAACAAACUGAUAAACAAAGGAAGAAAAAAUAUUUUGUACAUUUUAUUUGAAUUUAUACAAAAAUCUAGAUCAGUGAUGAAUAGAAAAAGACUUUCGGAGAACUUAAGAGUCACUAUAAACGGUGAAUACCGUCACACACAAUAAGUUGUAGAAGUUGCUUUGAAAUUUACGAUAGUUAUCCGUCAGAGAUUAGACGAUUGCACUUCGUCGGAACGAAUAUUGAUUUUUCCUUGUGCUGGUCAGGUUUUCGACAAACAAUUUAAGAAACAGCUGGUUAGUCUUGCAACGAGUGUCAAGGCCCAGUGCGUAAAUCAAAAUCGGUAAUACUCCGAUGGAUGUCUGGACCUCUGCUGUAAGGUCGACCGCAUAUCCGAAGACGCAAGUGUAAACAGAUCAACUCGACAGCAGAUCCGGAACAAAACAUAAAAGUAGUAAACAGCGUGUUCGAUCAUUGAUUUUUUAGCGAAAAUAUGUUUUGAAAAAAGAUCGUCAACAGCACUGAGCAUUUGACCCCUGCGGGACGAAUUGGCUGUAGUGACGACGUUUUAUAUAUGUGAAAAACAACGACAACAACAGUUGAAAAAAGUAAUUCGUUGUUUUGUUGCAUUCGUAUUCUACGCGCGAUACUGGAAGCAGUUGCUUUUAUUCUCUCGUCCGACUAACAACGCGGUCAAAACCUAAUGGAAGCUAGUAAGAUGAAGCGGUUGAUGAAUUAUGUUCUGUUUCAUCAUUACACACCAGAACAAGUGAAUUAGUAGAAAAAAGUGUUGUUGAAGAAAGUUAUUUUACUCCGAUAAAACGUGAAGUUGCUAAGCUAUAAUCACCGUUUGGAGUUGUUCGGUGGCAUGGGUGGAUCAGUAAGUCAGGUGUUCCGAUCGGGGAGUGCCCUGCUGUCCAAUCGGGAUGGACACAAAGUUUCGGAGACAACGGUCGAUAAAGUGAAUACAAUUUUCGAUGCACUCAGGGCAAAUCCAAAGAUUUCGAUUCAGCGGUUGGAACCACUUUUACUGCAGAUUCCGAAGUAUGAAAACAUAUUAGCAAUACACGAUGAAACCGGCUACAAUCUGCUACAGAAAAGUGUAGGACUUAAUCACAUAGAAUUAGCCAGAUGGCUGCUACAGCGGCACCGUCCAGAUGUAAAUAGGAGUUCUUGUUCGUUGCCACUGCACAUCGCCUGUCUGAAGGGCUACGAGGAAUGUGUAGAAUUACUGUUGAAGCAUGGUGCCAGAAUUGAUACUGAAGCGAGAAUGUGCUUUCCUGGUGUUCACUCUCACAACUGCGAAGAGAGUGGAAAGUACAAGAAUCAAGGAGACGAUGUCGGGGUAUGUGAAAGACCGAACACGAAACUGCAAAAUGCAGUAUGCUACGCGAUCGAUGGCGAUCAAAUCAACGUACUUAACAUUCUCGCCCAGAAAAUGGAAGAACCGUGGAUACCGUUCCGGGUGCGAAAACCGUUGCUGCAUAUUGCAUGCGAACGAGGCGCUUGGAAGUGUGUUCAACAUCUCGUCCAAACCCGGUCGGACGAAAUCAAUCUCAUCAAGGAUGAGUACUACCCGAUACAUCAGGCAGUGUUGCACGACGGACGCUUCCUGGAGCUGUUGAUUCAGCAUGGUGCCAUCACGACAGUACGCACGUGCACUCAGCAAAUGACACUGCUGCAUGUCGUUAUCCUAGCGGCUAGGAAAUCAGCCGAAGAUACUCUCAACACAAUUCGAAUACUGCUAGAACGUGGCUGUAAGGAACUUAUCAAUAGUCCCGAUUCGCUUGGCAAUACUCCUUUACAUGCAAUUAUUGUGCGCUACGCACUAGAGGAAGCAAGGUAUGGUUAUGACAAGUGGAACAAGUGGGAUGUGUUGCAUUUGGUGCGUUUUCUGCUACAGAACGGUGCUAAAAGCUCAAUCAAUCAAACCGGCAACAGCGCGCUAGCUUGCGUUUUUCGUCACAUUCGGGAUUGGGAAGUGUGUUACGAACUGUUAAAUAUGCUGAUAAAGGAAGGAGGUGAUCCCAAUAUUGUGGGAAGAGAUGGAUCAGUACCAAUUAUGGUGUGUUUAGUACCUCUCAUAAACAAAGAUCCAUUACACCAUUUUACCCAUUCAAUGAAGGUUUGCUAUCUGAACUGCAUUCGGAUAUUGCUGCAGAAUGGCGCCAACCCGAACUGUUCAUACCGGUCGAAUUUGACGCCGCUGCACGUGCUGAUAUUUACCGUAUCGGAAAACUUUACCCUCAACUGUGAUACGCAGAAGCGCGCCAACUUCGACUUUAUCAAAAAUAUUCUAAUCUUGUUGCUGCAAUACGGAUUGGAUUGUAACAUAACUUCGCAGCACAUUCUGCAGUCGGUGAUUGACAUGAUCGUCAACGUUCGUACCUGCCCGGAUAUUCUCUGUGUUUAUGAACUGUUGCUGGUGCUGAUUCAGUACGGUACUGAUCCGAACAUUACGCUGAGUAAUAAACUAAUGAUGAGUGGUAGCAGUAGCUCAUCCAUAAAUUACGUAAACGAUUUCAUUAACUUUGGUGGUAUGCGAGCUGUAGGAGCUGGUGAAGUUGCUGGGCCUAGUGGAACUGCACCCACAGGCACAUCUUCAAGUACUAACGGAGCUGGAGCAGCUGUUAAUGGCAAUGGAAGCGACAAUCUGCGAAGCUCAUUCCGCAACAACGCACGUAAUUAUCUGUUAUUCUAUUACAUUAUGUUAAUCACAAGAAAAGAGUUCAUCCUACUCGAUCGUGAACAGACCUACCAACGUAUUAUAUAUCUGUUCUACUACUCUAUGAGGCACGAAACGCUAUUCAACUGCCUAAAAUCGCUGCACAAUCUGUUCAUAGCGCAGGUUCCGAACAAAUCUAUCGAUAAUCUAAGGCAUUUGAUCAUCACCCUCUACAAGAAGCCUCGCAGUUUAAAACAACUUUGCCGGGUGUGUAUAUACAAUAGUCUAAACAAAAAACUUGCCCCGAGCAUAAAUCGGCUUAACUUGCCGCUUCCUCUGAAAGAGUACGUACUGAACUUUGAAGGGUAGGCAGUAUACGCGCCGACAACUAUUCACUACCCAAUCAAUCUCUCUCUAUGAAUAUAAAUGUCCACGUUUUCAGUGUUAGAUAUCGUGUAAAUAGGCUUAUAAUAAAAUAAACCCGGUCGAUAGAAUACAGAGAAAUCUAAUAAAACAAUCACUACCGAUGCUAAAGCAGGACACAAAUUGCAUUAUAUUGAUGACGACAGUAUGUUAACUGAUUACAGGUGAACUAGGAAAACAAAAAGCCACAGAUAUUGCAAAUAUUUUGUCCCUUCAACUUUUUUCCUGGCAGAUUUCCCUCACACAUCUUUUUUCCACGAAAAAUAAAAAAAUCGCUUUACCAACAACAAUCGACUUCACAUAUAUAUAUUUACAAGAUAACAUAGUGUUUAAAAAAUGUUUCAAUGAAAUACAAGUUGGAAAUAUUGAAUAA